AUGGAAGCCUACUAUUCUUAUGAUCCAAGAAACGAAGAUCAAGGCUUGUACGGAUGCUAUUGUGCGUCAAUGUUGGGGCACAACUCCAUCUUGGAGGAUAAUUUUCGUUGGGUCCUUAUUGGUGUUUAUGGUCCUUGUCAUGUGAAUGAGAAAAAAACAUUUCGUACGGAGCUAGCUACUUCGCAUGGAUAUUGGAAUGGAAUUCCUUUGUGUUUCGGUGGAGACUUCAACGAGAUAAGAUAUAUGGUAGAGAGAAGAGGUUGUCGUAGAGCAUCAAAUUCAAUGAAAUUAUUCAAUGACCUAUGUAAUGAACUUGAUCUUGUGGAAUUACCUCUUUCCGGUGCGAAGUUUACUUGGAGUAGGCCACCUAACAAGAAGAGCAAGAUUGAUCGUUUUCUUUUCACUCCGGAUUGGGAAGAUCAUUUUCCAAAUAUUAUCUUCAAGCGCCUCGCAAGACCUUUUUCGGACCAUUUUCCUAUUGAGUUAUGCUCAUCGAAUCCGGAUUGGGGUGCUUUCCCUUUUCGAUUUCAGUUGGCUUGGCUCGAAGGUACUAACAUAAUCCCUUUAAUGAAAAAAUGGUGGGAAUCUUUCUCUUUUGUAGGUACGGCGGGUGAUUGUUUUGCAAAGAAAUUAAAUGCUUUGAAGGAGAAAUUGAAGGUAUGGAAUAAAGAUGUCUUUGGGAGCAUUGAUAGGGCUAUCGAUGCGGCACUUACCAAGGUGAAAGAGUUGGACGAUCUAGAUGAUGAUAGGGGUCUUACCGAAGUUGAAGAGGACAUGCUUGUGACGGCUAAAGUGGAGUUUGAGAUGGCUCAUCGUCGUCAAUUCAUAAUGUUAAGACAAAAGUCAAGAAUUGGAUAUUUUAGGGAUGGUGACCGCAACAACAAACAUUUUCAUCGAGUAGUGAAGGGACAUAGAGCCUUUAACAACAUCAACAACCUUCGCAUCAAUGGUCGAUGGACCGACAACAAAGAAGAAAUCAAGAAGGGUAUUCGAGAUCAUUUUGAGUUAGCUUUUAAAGAAAUUUCUAACAACCGUCCAAGAAUCAAGAAUAUGUGCUUAAGACGUAUUGAUGAGAAUGCAAGUGUGUGGAUGGAGAGGGCUUUUAGUAAAGUUCUUUAUUGUUCCGGGUCAAGAAUGCAAUUAAAGAUUUGGGAGUUGAUCGUUCUCCGGGUCCGGAUGGAUAUCCUAUGA